AUGACGUCCUUUUUUAGCAAUGGAGAUGCUGGCCAACCUAAUUUAAUGGGAUCUUGUAUCUUUCCUCCUGAUCGGGAAGAACCAGAAGUUGAUGAGUAUCCAGAGGAAGAAGGAGUCCUGGGUAGUGACAACGAUGAACAGGAGGAUCCACAGGAUUACGUCAAAGGUGGCUAUCACCCAGUCAAAAUCGGGCAGAUGUAUAAUGGACGUUACCACGUUGUGCGAAAGCUUGGUUGGGGUCAUUUCUCUACUGUUUGGCUCUGCUGGGAUCUCGUAGCCAAGAGAUUUGUUGCAAUGAAGGUAGUCAAGAGCGCUGCUCACUAUACAGAAACUGCUCUUGAUGAGAUAAAGCUUCUGACCUGUGUUCGUGAUGCCGAUCCGGAUCAUCCAUUUCGCAAUAAAACCGUCCAAUUGCUUGAUGAAUUUAGGGUCUCCGGAGUCAAUGGGCUUCAUGUUUGUAUGGUUUUCGAGGUCCUGGGUCAUAAUCUUCUGAAGUUGAUAAUACGCUCCGGCUAUCGUGGCAUUCCAAUUGAGAACGUUCGCACAAUAAUUAAACAGACACUUGAGGGGCUGCAUUAUCUUCACGAGAAGUGCCAAAUCAUCCACACGGAUAUUAAGCCUGAGAACAUUUUAGUUGCUAUUUCCGAUUCAGCUGUGCGUCGUCUCGCUGCCGAGUCCAUCGAUGCCCAAAGACGUGGGGUUAGGUUGUCAGUCUCGGCUGUGAGCACUGCUCCAAAGGAGGUGAUGCUGUACAACAAGCUGAGUAAGGGUCAGAAGCGGCGUAUGAAGAGGCAACAGAAGAAACAGCAGGCUCUACUGGAGCAAGAGUUUGAGGAAUUGGAGGAGAUUGAGUGUCGUGAGCAGGAACAACGUCUCCGUGAAAUGGGCCUUCUCUAUCCACCUGCCGAGGGCGAUACGGCCUGUACGGACAAUCCUAAGUCGUCAACGGAACAUCAGGAUACAGCUGGAGUAUCUUCACCCGUCGAGGCCGAGUCUUCGGCUCAUAUUCUUCCCUCGGAACGCAACAAUCAUGAGGAUGCAUCAACACAGAUGAAGGCUUCAUCCACCAAUGAUGAAUUGCAAAAUGCCUUUGAACCAGAUGAAACUAACCAGAAGGCACCGUUUGAAAACGCUACAUCCUCGACUAAUUCACUUCUCCGGCUAAGUGCAGAAGCUUACAGAGGGGGCAACGGUGGUCCCAAUGAAGCUGCCCUGGCAAAGCGCGCUAGUAUGUUUGUCCGUCCAGUGACGGCAAACGGUGCUGCUGGAUUCAUUGAUAAACGCCGUUCCCUUCUCCUGGAGCCUAUUUUCAAAGAACCAGACGCUAGCAGGGAGGUUUGUCCUAUCGAAGUCAAGAUUGCUGAUCUUGGUAACGCCUGCUGGACCUAUAAGAAAUUUACUGAGGACAUUCAAACUCGCCAAUACCGAGCCUUGGAAGUACUCAUCGGCGCGGGCUACAGCACACCGGCGGAUAUCUGGAGCACUGCAUGCACGGCGUUUGAGCUAGCAACAGGCGAUUACCUGUUCGAUCCGCACACGGGAGAUGAGUAUUCUCGGGACGAGGACCAUCUUGCACAUAUCAUUGAACUCCUUGGUCCCAUUCCACGUUCCAUUAUCGCUCUGGGCAAGUACUCCCGCGAAUUCUUCGACAAGCGUGCUUGUCUCCGCCACAUUCGUGUGCUAAAGCCGUGGGAUCUGCUGAGCGUGUUAGUGCAGAAGUAUGAUUGGCCGCUGCAAGAAGCAAAGCUCUUUACAUCUUUCCUGGAGCCUAUGCUCGCCUAUGACCCCAACCAGCGUGCGACGGCGUGGGAGUGUCUUCAGCAUCCUUGGAUCACUGGCGCCUCGGCCGACUUUUUAGAGGGCCAAUUUUUUCGGCAUCCAUGCCACCAGGUGUCACCUACCGACACCGCCACUCUCUUUCAACGACCUCCAGGCGCCGCCCUCAGUUCAACAGACGGCGAACUAGGAGUCGAUCAACUGCCUCCCCACCAGCAUCAUCCCUACACGGAGGAUGACGGGCUGCAUCAGGUGGGCGAGUUCUCCUUCUUCUCUCAACCCCCUGCGCAUUAUAUGCCUUCAUCAUCGCAGCCUAGAUACCAGUCCUACUGUGUUCAUCCCCUCGAGUCGGAGGAGGAAGGGGAGGCGGGAGAUGGCAAUGUGUAUGAUCUCACCCCCACACCGGCAUCCCAGUCUGCCUUUAUCCAAAGCGUGCCAGGUGGCCAUUUUACGAAUGAAAAUGCCAAUUUCUAUCCCUAUGGUCACUACGCGCAUCCCAGUCCAAGCAGCGGUAGUGGAGGUGGUGGAUACUUGGCGGGUGAUAGGAUGAACUACUAUGACGGCGGUGGAGGUGCCAGCAGUGGUGAGGCCUUCUCUCGAGAGGGUUCUGGCAGUUCCUCUUCCGGUUCAUCAGCGUCCGAUACUGAACCCUAUCGUCUAAACUACCAUGAGUCGGGGUUUCAUCGUCACCAUCACCACCACGGCUUCGACAACUGUGACUUUGCUUUACCCACUGACGAUCCAGAGGCUCUUCGUUUAGCCGCCAGUCUUUCACAGAACCAGAAGAACAUCCUUGCACACGUCAUGCAAGCCCUUGGUCCCGAAACGGUUUGGAAGGGUCUGCUGGCUGGGAAAAAGCGUCAGCAGAUGCUGCAGUCCGCAACCACUGCCUCCAACAAUAGUGUCAAGCAGGAAGAUGGGGAAAUAGUAGUGCACAUGGAGACAGCAGCUCCUCUCGACAACGGUGGUGACGGACAUAAUGGUCAUGUAUCGGAAGAAGUAGAAGAAAAUAACAUAUCCAUGAGUAACAGGAAUCACAAGAAUGAUACUACCCUUACAACCACCUCUUAA